AUGGAGCAACACAACGAGUCAACCUUGACUGAAUUUGUGCUCCUUGGUUUCCCCAAUGUGGGACAUGUCAAGGGCUGGCUUUUUGUUUUGCUGCUCAUGGCAUACCUAUUCACAAUCUGUGGCAACCUGCUUAUCUUCUUGGUCAUACGACUGAAUGCAGCCCUCCACACACCCAUGUACCACUUUGUCAGUGUUCUCUCCUUCUUGGAGCUGUGGUAUACAGCCACCACCAUCCCCAAGAUGCUGGCUAAUCUUCUCAGCAAGAAGAAGACCAUUUCUUUUGCAGGAUGUCUCCUUCAGACUUACUUCUUCCACUCCUUGGGGGCUUCUGAAUGCUACCUUCUCACAGCCAUGGCCUAUGACCGCUAUCUGGCCAUCUGCCGACCCCUCCAUUACCCUGCAAUUAUGACCACAACACUCUGUGCAAAGAUGGCUGCUUGUUGUUGGACUUGUGGUUUCCUAUGUCCCAUUUCUGAGGUUAUCCUUGUCUCCCAGCUCCCUUUCUGUGCUUACAAUGAAAUACCACACAUCUUCUGUGACUUCCCACCUCUGCUGAGCCUGGCUUGCAAGGACACAUCCACUAAUGUCCUGGUGGAUUUUGCCAUCAAUGCCUUCAUCAUCCUCAUCACCUUUGUCUUUAUUAUGGUCUCCUAUGGGAGGAUCAUUGGGGCUGUGCUGAAGAUAAAGACAGCAGCAGGAAGGAAGAAGGCCUUCUCUACAUGUGCCUCACAUCUCAUUGUGGUGCUCAUCUUCUUUGGGAGCAUCAUCUUCAUGUAUGUGCGGCUUAAAAAGAGCUACUCACUGACUCUUGAUCGGACACUUGCUGUAGUCUACUCUGUGCUAACACCUUUGGCCAAUCCAAUUAUCUACAGCCUUCGUAACAAAGAACUCAUUAAGGCCAUCAAGAGGACCCUCUUCCGGAAAGGGGAAAAAACUAGUCCCGUGCACCACUGA